UACCUAGACCCUCCGUCACCUGGACCAAUGGACCUCAUGCUAGACCGCACAGAUCCUACUGCACAGAGGUACAACCUCUACAGACGAGGUUUCAAGUCUUGGAUGAGGACGAACAAACUCCUCAGAAGGCUCUUCUCAGAUGUUCCAUCUGGGUUCUUUCUGGAGGCUGGAGCACUCGAUGGAGAAUUCAUCUCCAACACUCUCUACCUGGAGCGUGAGCUAGGAUGGACGGGGAUCCUGGUGGAAGCGGAUUCAACUCUCUAUGCUGCCAUAGCAGGUAAACGCAGAAAGGUGUGGGUAUCCCACUCUUGUGUAUCCCCGGCAUCUUAUGCUCAAAAGAUGACCUUCGAGGGAUACCACGCUGAAGCCCACGCCAGCAUUGAACAACGUCUACUGGUGCGAUCUACGGGUAACUUAGCUGGGGUGAUGUCUCCAGCAGGUGGACAGAUGGGUACCAAGGUAGAGGAGAAGAUCCAGUGCUUCCCACUCUUCUCCUACCUUUUGGCUCUCAACGCCACCUCCCUUCACUACAUCAGUCUCGAUGUAGAAGGCGCCGAGUGUGAUAUUCUCCUGAGUUUACCCUGGAAGAGGGUCAACGUGAGUGUGUUGAGCAUUGAGCACCGGGAUCAAAAUACCUGCUUCAGAGAGUAUUAUGAGAUGCCUUUUGGAAGUAUGGCAGUCACACCUCAGAGGGAAGAAAACGGAAAGGCUGUGGAUUCAGCAGUACCACACAAAACGCAACAGAGUAAGGAUCAGGGCCCCACCAUACCACACACGGCACAACAAGACGUUGUCGUCCAAACAAGAGUUGUGUACACUAACCAGCACGACCCAGCAUCAGGGAAAGACGACUACUUCGUCAGAUUCAUGAAGGAAAGAGGCUACGUCCUCUACGACUACUGGGACGGUGAUUACACAUACAUCAAGAUGAAUUCCAGUGUCUGUGAGAGGCACUGUGGGGAAAGCCUGCCUGCGGGAGUGGAACUUGGCUCUCGUGGCUAGAGAACGGAGUGGAAGUCAGUGGUAUAAAAUACCGACGCAAUGGAAAAAUAAACACAUAAGCAGUAUAAUGUGAUCCU